AUGUCGUCACAGAUACAACUGUCGAUACCGCAGGAGGGGAGACUGGUGAAUGUCGUGCCUGUGGUUUUAAAGGAAGCUGCUCUGGAUUCACCGAGUUUUCGAGCCACCACCGUACAUUUCUCGGAGCAGAUAGAUUAUAUGGAAAAAUGGCUCGACAGUUAUAUAAAAACAACCGGACGGCUUACCUCCGAGCUGGCGUCGCUGGAGAACAUAUCGAACGGCAUCCUUUCUCAUAUUGCGUCACCGCCAAAUGUCUCCGAAGCUGUGCUCGAUCAAGACUACGCCUUGCUUGCAAUGAAACGAUAUGGUGAAUGCUUCAAAGAUAGCUGGUCCGGAAUGAUAAACGCAACGAAGCGGUUCGAGUUACAGGUUGCAGAACCGAUCAGGGCCUUUAUGCAGGGAGAUCUACGGACGUUCAAGGAGCUACGGCGGAAUCUCGAUCAGACACAGAAACAAUAUGACCAACUACAGGCGCGGUAUUCCUCUCAGGGAAAGUCAAAAGAACAGUCGUCUCUGAGAGAGGACGCAUUCCAACUCCAUGAGGCUAGAAAAGCAUACCUUAAAGCGUCCCUGGACUUUUCUGUACAGGCGCCGCAGCUCAAGGUUGCGUUGGAAAAGCUCCUUGUAAAGGUCUUCUUCGACCAGUGGCGAGAAUUUCGGAUCGUCCGGGAUGCAUGUUCAACGACAUUUGCCAAAUACGGACAAGAAAUGGAGCGGACCAAGGGCUGGACCCACGAGUUGGAAGCGAGCGAGAAGUCUGCUCGUAGGGAUUUGUUGGUGGCUAGAAAGCAAAUCGAAGAAUCUGUUGAAUACGCUAUCCGACCAUCUCGAGAGCUGGACGAUUACUCUAUAUCGACAGUACCAUACCUUGGCUCUCACGGACCUGCAUCCGUUAAAAUGGCAGAAAGCCAUGUCUUCUUGCCGGAAAAGCAAGGCUGGCUGAAUCUGAGGGUACUUACGGGGAAACCAACGAGAACGGUCUGGGUACGGCGCUGGGCCUUCUUGAAGAACGGCAUAUUUGGAUGUCUAGUUCAGAACCCCAGGACUGGUGGAGUGGAAGAAAGCGAACGCAUCGGCGUAUUACUUUGCAGUAUUCGUCCAGCCUUUCAAGAAGAGCGGCGAUUCUGCUUUGAAGUCAAAACUAAAAGCAACACAAUAAUGUUACAAGCCGAGACACAGAAGGAGCUCACAGAUUGGAUUGGAUCGUUUGAAGCUGCUAAACGAAAAGCCCUUGAAAGUCCCAGCUCGGAGGUGCCGCCAUUUGCCAAGUCCAGCGCUCCAGAUCCUGCAUUUGCGAUAUCCCAACCACCGGCCCCUGAAUUUGCCGCGGACCCUUCUGAUUCUUUAACUCCGCACGCCAGCGAUGAUCAACCAGUUGUCGAGCGUGGGGCUACAACGCCCAUACUAGAUAGGGAUGGUCUAGGUGUCCGGAGUAGCGGUGACUUUGCUCAUUCCAGACGGUCUACAGGUCCAGAUAGAGACGGUGACGGUAACAGCCGUGACCCCGCCUCAAGGAUUAUUCAGAAGUUAGAUAUUCAUCGGAAGGUAAAUCCGAAUUCGCCUCUACUCGUUCCACCUUCGCCCGGUCAACCGUCUAGUGGCAUCGCCAGCUUGAUAUCUGCCAGCCAUAGCGCAUUUCCCAUGGCAUCCGCUUUGAAGGACGGAGAUACUGAGAAUGGCAGAACAAAAGGUGGAGCUGCUAAAGGAGACCGCUCCCAAUCUACCUUGGCUCCAUCAACGCUUGUCAACCCUCCAGCGCCAACAAGUAUGAGCAGAGUGGCUGUUAUUGUGAGCGCUGAACGAGGUAUUGGUAUGGGCCCGACAGAUACCGCCAAUUCGAUACCAACUGGAAUGAUGGCAAACUUAUGGGGAAGCUCGCAGUGGGCGAUGGUAAACCAUCUUCAACGGGAAGAACCAGCGUUAGCCUCCGCGAGCACCCCCGAUCACCCCGUGGUGGAAAUCACGCCAGAUACCCCCUCUAGUGGUAACGGUGUUCCUCAAAGCCGUACUUCCAUGACGCGCCAUAGGGCAACUGUCAGUCUUGGGGAUAGUGCAGCCUUCCAAGCUGACGCCGUAACCGCACCACAUGAGUAUCCAUCCUACUACCCACAGCAGCUGAAGCCGCAUGAUUCUCAAUUCCGUCUGCUGUUCCCACAUAUACCUAGGAUCGAGAGUCUUGUCCUCGUGUUCAGGGCAACAUUCAGCCCCAAUGACCAACAAGACUUCCCUGGAAGGGCGUUUGUGACAACCCACAAUAUAUACUUCUACAGCAACCAUUUGGGCCUUGUUCUAACGACCCGCGCUAAUUUGCGCAGUAUCACCGAGGUUACAGCAGCUCCUGGUAGGGACUGUGACUUUUUAUAUCUUCAUGUCGUUCCAGAGAAAGGAAGUGAUAUUCCUGGUCGUAUGGGCAUCAAGACGUUUUUGGAGCCCUUGAAAUUACUCCAGCGGAGACUAAAUUAUCUCGUUACCAAUGCCGCCCUUGAUAACCCAGCUGGCCUAGACACGGUUAUCAAGACCCUAAUCAAACUAGAAACCAAUGGCCCGACUAGAACUCCAAGUAUGGAUAGCUGGGAAGAUGUGUCAUUGAACACUCCAGCGGAUGAUGGAUCUAUUUUACCAAAGCCAGAAAAAUUACUGAGAGCCACGACCUAUAUUGAUAAUGACCUGGACAUGGACCACGCCAAGCAAAACGUCAGCCCACAGGCUUCUCGCAUAAGGCUACCGAUGCAGCCUGUGGUGUACGAACCACAAGGCUCUCUUAAUCUUGCAGCUGAACAAUACGUUAAUAUGAGCCCUAAAGCUUUAUUCCUUGUGUUGUUUGGCGAUAAUAGUCCAAUUUGGCAACUGUCUCAGCACCAAAGGAGGGCACAGAAUAUCAGGCAAGGCCCAUGGGUCACGCUACCGUCCUCUCAUCUUCGACGUGAGAUGGCCUAUCAAAUUCGUAUGGUUGAUACUUUUGACGUAUUCAAUGAUCACCUAUGCUACGUUGUUACGGACAAGCGGACACCUUGGCAUUUACCGUUCAAGCGGCAAUUUAGGCUCGUUAGCAAGACUGUCAUCACCCAUGUUUCGAAAUCAAAGUGCAAGCUGGCUAUAUUCACGAAGGUUGAAUGGAUAUCACAGCCUUACCUCAUCAGUAGCAUUAUUGAGCGGCAAGCAAUGAAGGAACUAGAACAAGGCUCGUUGGAUUUGAUAGACCUAGUAUCCGACCAAGUUAAACGGCUAGGCCCCUACCCUACAACGAAAGGCGCCAUUUCCAUGUUUGGAAAUAUCGGACACCAAACAGAGACGUCAAAUAUCACGGGCAUAUCCGAAAAACUAAGACAACAACUACAACGUCCACUGAAACAGAGCGGCCUGUUUCCUUUACUAUUAGAAACUUCGGGAUCACUCUUCCAAUCAGCGGUAUCCUCCUUGAUCAUUUGGUUCUGGGCUCUUCUUCGUUGGGGUUGGAAGGUAUCCAACGCUAAUAAAACCAUUCUGUUACUUUUGAUCCUCAGCCUUUUGGCUAAUGGAUUCCACUCGUGGCGUGAUACUCUUGAUUGGUGGCAGGAGCGUAACGCAUCUAACUUUAUGGCUCGCCUUGGUGUCCGUCCGAAUAUAGUUAUGGGGAAAGCAGUUUACCUCAGGGACAUGGAUGAUACUGUUGCAAUGUCAGCAGGUAUCCAAGGCUUCAAUAGCAGCACCUGUUUUUCAACCUUCCGUGAGGAAAAUGGAUUGAUGAGGAAUGAUCUACUGUUACCACCAUCAGGAACGCCUGCUCGCAAUAAGAUCUCGCAGAGUGCUGCUUAUCGACUCCAGCGCACCCGCGAAAGACUUGGAUCCUACCGCCAUAACCUCCUGGUAGGUUUGAGGGUGGUGAAUAGCAUUGAGAAAGAAGUUCUUCAGCUAGAAUGGGAGCGCUGGCUCCGUCGAGAAACUCGAAGGUGCCAAUUGCUUGAUAUUAUGCUGAACGAACGUAUACAAUAUCACGAUAAUGACGACUAUGACGGAGUUUUGGGUAUUCGACGACAAAUUUUGUCCGGAAAUCAAGAAGAGAUCGAGAAGUGGUAUAAAGAGUAUUGUUCAAGUUGCCAACGGGAUCAGGAGCGGGUUUUUAUCGACAAUUAG